AUGCCAGCCGCCUCCAACAAGAGCAGCCACCACGCCUCCCCCUCCUCCUUCCUUCUUCUGGGUCUUCCAGGUCUGGAGAGCGUACAGGUGUGGCUCUCCAUCCCCUUCUGCCUGGUCUACGCUGUGGCUCUCCUGGGCAAUGCCACGCUGCUCUGGAUCAUUGGGACGGAUUCCAGCCUGCACAAGCCCAUGUAUCUCUUUCUCUCCAUGCUGGCAUUGACCGACAUGGCCUUGCCCACUUGCAUCCUUCCCAAGAUGCUCAGCAUCUUUUGGAUGGGUGCCCAGGAGAUCACCUUUGCUGGCUGCCUGGUGCAGAUGUUCAUGAUCCAUGCGCUCUGUGCGGUAGAGUCAGGGACGCUCACCGCCAUGGCUUAUGACCGGUAUGUGGCCAUCCGCUCUCCGCUCAGCUACACAACUCUGCUGACUGCGGACCGCGUGGCCAAGAUUGGCGCUGCCAUCGCCGCCCGGGCCUUCGUAUGUGUCCUGCCUUUCCCUUUCCUGGUGAAGAGGCUGCCAUUUUGUCGCUCCCGACUUAUUUACCACUCGUACUGCGAACAUAUGGCGGUCGUGAAACUAGCAUGUGGGGAUACCACACCCAACAACCUCUACGGGCUGACCCUGUCCCUUGUCAUAAUCAGCGGGGACCUGGCCUUCAUCUUCAUCUCCUACGGGCUGAUCCUGCACGCCGUGUUCCAGCUGCCCUCUCUGGAGGCACGGCACAAAGCCCUGGGCACCUGUGGGGCCCACGUGGGCGUCAUAGUCAUCCUGUACACACCAGGCCUCUUCUCCUUCCUCACCCACCGCUUCGGGCACAAUGUCCCUCACCACGUUCACAUCUUCUUGGCUAACUUCUAUUUGGUGGUUCCAGCCAUGCUCAACCCCCUCAUCUAUGGGGCCAAGACUAAGGAGAUCCGCAGCCGGGUGAUGAGGGCGAUGGGCCUGGGAAAGGGUCUGCCCUAG